AGCGCACGCAAUUAAAUGCGACAGACAGAGAAAGAGCCCUCUCUCUCUCUCUCUCUCUCUCUCUCUGGCAGUUGGCUCUGUUUAUCUCUACCAUCAGCGUCCUUCUGCAUGACACAGAGUGGUCGCCAUAGAAAGAAACUUUUUUACUGUUCAAAUGAAGUACAUCAGGACCAACAGCUUGAAACGCCUCUUCUCACUGAAACGGCGCAGUAUCGAUCUAGAUGCUACCAGUCCACAUGGCACCACCUCCUCCACUGACGAAGAAGAAGGAGAAGAGGAAUACAACAAUGGCGGCUUCCGAGUUGUUCGAGAAACAGAGCAUCGUCAGAAGCCCACAUGGCGAUGCUUCUCUUUUGAAGAAAUCUCUGAGGCCACCGACGGUUUUAGCUCAGAUAAUUUGGCCGGGAGAGGAGGGUAUGCAGAGGUGUACAGAGGAGUUUUACUGGACGGAGAGACGAUUGCUGUGAAGAGGUUAACGAAAGGGUCGAAUGACGAGAGGAAAGUGAAGGACUUUUUGACAGAGAUUGGGACUAUCGGCCAUGUGAGCCACCCAAAUGUGUUGUCACUUUUAGGUUGUUGUAUUGAUAAUGGGCUUUAUCUCAUCUUCCAUUUCUUUUCCAGAGGCUCUGUUGCUUCCCUUCUACACGAUAUGAAUUUGCCGCCAAUGGACUGGAAAAUAAGGCACAAAAUUGCAGUUGGAACUGCAAGAGGACUCCAUUACUUGCACAAAGGCUGUCAGAGAAGGAUAAUUCACCGUGACAUUAAGUCUUCAAAUAUUCUCUUGACUGCAGAUUUUGAGCCCCAGAUUUCUGAUUUUGGGUUGGCAAAAUGGCUUCCAUCUCAAUGGUCUCAUCAUUCAAUUGCCCCAAUCGAAGGGACAUUUGGGCAUUUAGCUCCUGAGUAUUAUUUGCAUGGAGUUGUGGAUGAGAAAACAGAUGUUUUCGCCUUCGGAGUCUUCUUGCUUGAAAUCAUUUCAGGCAGGAAACCAGUAGAUGGGUCUCACCAAAGCUUACAUAGCUGGGCUAAACCAAUAUUAAAACAAGGAGAAAUUGAGAAACUGGUAGAUCCAAGGCUGCAGGGGGCCUAUGAUGUAACUCAGCUUAGUAGACUUGGCUUUGCAGCCUCUCUUUGCAUCCGGGCAUCUUCAACAUGGCGCCCUACCAUGAGCGAGAUUUUAGAGGUACUGCAAGAGGAGGAAAUAGAUGAAGAGAAGUGGAAGAUGCCGGAGGAAGAAGACGAGCAAGAAGAAUUCUGGGGUUUUGAGGAUCUCGAAUAUGAAUGUGAUACAUCCUUUUCUGUUUCACCCCACGAUUCAAUCUCCAUAGAAAGCUCUUAAACCCUCACCAAGAAAAAAAGAAACCAGUGAUCUGUGACUCAGUGAGUUAGGUGGUCGAAGAAAAUCCUAACCCACCCACCACUUUUGGCAACUCUGUAAAUAUGACAAUUAUAUAUAUAUAUAUAUAUAUAGAGUAUAUUUAUCUUUACAGAUUU